CGUCAUUAUGGUGUUGUUAGAACUUUCAACCGAUGAGUAGAAUGGUUGUGAUUUGGUCCUAAGCGUUUCUCUUGAGGCUUCACUUUCGAUCUUCGGCAACAAAGAAGUUUCAUCUCUUCCAUGUCUCUCUCAGGUAGCGAUGAUGAAAUGGAAAUGGACUUUCUUGGUGAUCGGUACCGGAAAAUGGACGGCGGAAACUUCGAAGUGUUUCUGAGUUUCAGAGGGGAAGAUACGCGUGCUUCUUUCACUUCGCAUCUCUACGCGGCUCUUCAGAAUGCAGGAAUCUUUGUUUUUAAGGAUGACGAGUCCCUUCCACGGGGAAAGCAAAUUUCACCCUCUUUGAGGCUAGCGAUCGAAGAGUCUCCAAUUUCUAUUGUUGUUUUCUCAAAAAAUUAUGCAGAGUCCUUGUGGUGUUUGAAAGAGUUGGAGAAAAUAAUGGAGUGUCACAGAACCACAGGGCAUGUGGUACUACCAGUGUUUUACGACGUUGACCCCUCUGAAGUACGUCAUCAAAGAGGUGACUUUGGGAAAGCAUUUCAACGUCUUUUGAGCAAGUCCUCGAGAGAGGAAGAGGAAAAAGUCCUGGACUGGAAGCAGCGUUGGAGGAAGAUUCUUCGUGAGCUUGAUGGCUUCUCCGUUGUUGAAAUCCUAAAUUCCAGGAUUGGGAGGGGAGACAACCUCGAGGAACAUUGGAAAGAGGCACUUUUUGAGGUUGUUCAGAUCUCAAGGGAGAGAAUGGAGAUUGCUGAUGGGAUAGGGUUCCUCGUCAGCCAGUUGAUGGCGGGACUUUUUGAAGGUGCUAAAAUCCCAUUUAGAGAAGUGAAGAUUGAUGAUAGGAUAGACUUCCUCGUGAAGCAAUGGAGGGAGCUAUUAUGUGAGGCUGUUAGAAUCUCAGAGGUUGCAUUACUAGAUCCAUGUGGAGAAACGGAGGUUGCUAAUGCGAUAAAAUUACACAUGAAGCAUUGUAGGGAGGCACUUUUUGAGGCAUCUGGCAUCUCAGGGGACGCAGUGUUGAAUUCCUGCGGAGAAAUGGAGAUUACUAAUGCGAUAGAACUCCACAUGAAACAUUGGAGGGACGCAUUUUCUGAGAAUGCUGGUACCAUCUCAGGUUCCGAUUAUUCCCGCUUCAUUGGAGGAAGAAAUUGGUACGAUGUAUCAAGUUCUGGAUUCCGGACGGUUCAUUAUGAGAUAUGGCACCUCCAGCAUUAUUGGAGAGAGAAAGUUCGUGAGGCUUAUGAUAGAUCUGGGGAUGACCAACUAUAUUCCAGGAGAGAAAUUGACAUAGAACGCCACUUGGAGCAUUGCGCUAGUGCAGUUAAUAAGGCUAUUGACUCCUCAACAGCUUCUCGAUCAAGUUUUCAAAAGCUGCAGGCUUACAAUCGGAUAGAGAGCCUUGUAAAAUAUUGGAGGAAGGCACUAUGUGAGGCUGCGGAAAUUUCGAGGUGGGUAGUCCAGCACUACAGAGGAAUAACGGAUAAUGAGAUAAACUACAUCGAGAAGAAUGCUAGGGACGCACUUCGUGAGGCUGCUGGCAUCUCCGGGGUUGUAAUCCUCAAUUCUAGGAAUGAAAGUGAGGCUGUGACAAAUAUUGUUAAAAAUGUUACAAGUUUGUUGGACAAGACAGAGUUGUUUGUUGCCCAUAAUCCUGUCGGAGUAGAAUCUCGAGUACAAGAAAUGGUUCAAUUGCUACAACAAAAACAGUCAAACGAUGUUCUACUACUUGGGGUAUGGGGGAUGGGAGGCAUAGGUAAAACAACUAUCGCAAAAGCAAUUUACAAUAAGAUUGGCCGUGAUUUUGAGGGAAGGAGUUUCCUCGCAGAUAUUAGGCAGGUUUGGGGGCAAGAAGCUGGCCACGUUUGUUUACAAGAACAACUUCUAUUUGAUAUCCACAAAGAAAGCAAUACAAAGAUACGUAACAUUGAAUCAGGAAAAGUUUUACUAAGAGAAAGACUAAGCCGUAAAAGGAUACUUCUUAUUCUCGAUGACGUAAAUAAAUUACAGCAAUUAAAUGCUUUGUGUGGAAAUCGUGAAUGGUUUGGUUCAGGGAGUAGAAUAAUCAUCACAACCAGAGACAUACAUUUACUUAGAGGGAAAAGAGUUGAUCAAGUUUUUGCAGUGACAGGAAUGAAUGUAGAUGAAUCUAUUGAGCUUUUCAGUUGGCAUGCAUUCAAACAAGCAAGUCCCAAACAAGAUUUUAUUGAACUUUCAAGAAACGUAGUUGCUUAUGCUGGGGGCUUGCCACUUGCUCUUGAAGUUCUUGGGUCUUAUUUGUUUGAUAUGGAGGUAACAGAGUGGAAGAGUGUAUUGGAAAAACUCAGGAAAAUUCCUAACGAUGAAGUACAGGAGAAGUUAAAAAUAAGCUAUGAUGGUUUAAGUGAUGACACAGAGAAAGGAAUAUUCCUUGAUAUAGCAUGUUUCUUUAUAGGAAAGGAUCGAAAUGAUGUUAUACAUAUAUUGAAUGGUUGUGGACUUUUUGCAGAAAAUGGAAUACGUGUCUUGGUAGAGCGAAGUCUUGUAACUGUGGAUGAUAAGAACCAACUUGGAAUGCAUGAUUUGCUACGGGACAUGGGAAGGGAAAUUAUUCGUUCAAAAUCACCAAUGGAGCUUGAGGAGCGUAGCAGGUUAUGGUUUCAUGAGGAUGUGCUUGAUGUGUUAUCAAAAGAAACCGGAACAAAAUUUAUUGAGGGGUUGACUUUGAAGUUACCUAGAACUAAUACAAAAUCUCUGUGCACUAAAGCAUUUAUGAACAUGAAGAAACUCAGGUUGCUGCAACUUUCUUGUGUAGAACUUGUUGGAGAUUUUGAAUAUCUUUCCAAAGACCUGAGAUGGCUUUGUUGGCAUGGAUUUCCUUUUGCCUUCAUUCCAACAAGCUUUUAUCAAGGAAGUCUAGUUUCUAUUGAGUUAGAAAAUAGUAAGAUUACCAUGGUGUGGAAAGCGACUCAG